UAUGGAAACAUCAUUCAAACCCAAAGUCUUGUGUGCAAUCUACUUUCUUUUCUUCUUCUUCUCUAACCCAAAGACAUGGCUCCCGUUGUUGAAGAGUCCGUGCCAAAAGAAGAAGUGAAAGAUCUUAAGGCCAAGGAGGAGGUGAAAGAGGGCGAGAAGGUUGCACCCGAAGAGGAGAACAAGGUUGCACCCGAAGAGGAAAAGGCCGCGGAGAUUGCACCGAAGGAGGAACUCGUGGAAGAAGAGAAGAUACCAACUGAAGUCGAGCCCAAGACCGGCGUGGCUUUCCCCACGAAGCUGCACGAUGGGAAACGGCUGAAGUCGGUGGGCAUGAGGAAGAAGAGCAUUCUAGGCCUUGGUGUGAAGAUCUAUGCAUUCGGGAUAUAUGGAGACAACGAGAAAUUGAAGGAGCUUCUGAGUUCGAGGAUCGCGGGUGGCCCACCCACGAAACCCACAAAAGAAAUGUACGAUCUGGCAAUCGACAGCGAUAUGGGGAUGAUGGUGAGGAUGAUCAUCGUCUUUGCUGGUCUCACCAUGAACAUGGUGAAGAAGAACUUUGAUGAAGGCCUUGGAGCAUCCAUUAAGAAGCUGACGGGAGGUCGAAAGGACGAGAACCUCAUUAACAAGGUAAUGGGAGCAGCAUCUGAUAACAUCAAGCUAACCACCGGUUCCGUGAUAGAGAUAACGAGGCUUCCGGGAUUUACUCUCCAAACAAAAGUGAACGACGAGGUGGUAAGCAACGUGGAGAGUGAGCUGAUAUGCAGGGCCUACUUUCACAUGUACCUGGGUGAUGAUCCCUUUGAUAAGGAUGCCAAAGAAAAGUUUGGGAAAUCCCUUCUUCCAUUGUUCUAGAUUUACCUAUGACGUUCAUGAACCUUGUUUCUUUAGAGGAACCGGUUUGAAUAAUACGGGCUGACCUUUGGUCCACCUUUCUUCUGAUGUAAUAAGAACGUUGAGACGGCUGAGAAUUUUAAUUACGUGAGUUUUCUAUAUUCAUGUGAAUGCAUGUGUAUUGAACCAUGUUUGUUUGUGUUAGAGAGAAGAUCCAGUUGUGCUUUC